AUGUUGCCAGAAUCGACAUAUAAACCAGCCAAGUUGGGCGUGGAAGUGAGAGGCAUUGAUCUCAAUUCAGAUUUAUCCAGUGAAACAAUAGCCAAGUUGAAGAAUGAUGUUCACAAACACAGAUUGUUGAUUUUCAAGAACCAAGGAGCCAUUAGUGCUGAACGUCAUGUAGAAAUCAGCAAAUGGUUUGGGGAAUUAGAAUCGACAUUCUACAAGCACCCAAAGUCACCACAUCCAGAUGUGUUUAGGGUAUCUAAUGAUGAGAAAGAAGGCUGCAGAAACGUGGGUAGAACUGGCUGGCAUAUUGAUGGUUCGUUCAUGGAGAAACCUUUCGAUUAUGCCCUUUAUCAUAUGGUAUCUGUACCAAAAAUUGGGGCUACAGCAUUUGUUGGCUUCAAAGAACUUCUUGAGUCCCUGAAACCAGAAAGAAGAGCAGUAUGGGAGAGGUUGUGGAUGGUUGGCGACCGUGGUGAAGUGAUUCAUCCUUUAAUCUAUAAACACCCUGUCACCAGAGUUCCGGUGAUGUGCUUCCACCUGGGUAUGAUCGGUUGUUUUAUGUGGGAUAGGAAGAGCCAGAACCAGAGAUUGACAGGUGAACAAGAAACAGCACAGCUGCUGCAGGACAUCCACAGAGAGAUAGUCAAGAACAACAGGAGUCUUGUAUAUGAACAUCAGUGGCAAGAAGGUGACUUCAUCAUUUCAGACAACAGAGCAGUUGCUCAUGAAGCUACGCCAGAAACUCAAUAUCCAGUUUCCCAAGUUUGCCUCAGAGUGCUGCACCGAACCACAAUAGCAGGAACCACAAAGCCAAAAAAAUAA